GCCCCGCGGCGGCCGGCCGGUCGGGCGGGACGAUGCCGGUGAUGAAGGGGCUGCUGGCGCCGCAGAACACCUUCCUGGACACCAUCGCCAACCGCUUCGAUGGCACACACAGCAACUUCAUCCUGGCAAACGCGCAGGGCCGCUGUGGCUUCCCCAUCGUCUACUGCUCUGAUGGCUUCUGCGACCUCACCGGCUUUGCCCGCACCGAGGUCAUGCAGAAGAACUGCAGCUGCCGCUUCCUCUGCGGGGCUGAGACCAGCGAGCCCACCCUGCAGAGCAUGGAGAAGGCACUGGAAAGCAGGCAGGAGUAUCAGACUGAGGUCUGCUUCUACAAGAAGGGUGGAGCUGCCUUCUGGUGUCUGCUGGACAUCAUGCCCAUCAAGAAUGAAAAGGGGGAGGUGGUGCUCUUCCUCUUCUCCUUCAAGGACAUCACAGAGAGCCGACGCAAGAGCUACCCUGGUGACAAGAAGGGGGAGAAGCAGAGGAGUGAGAAGCAGAGAAGCAAGAAGCCAGGGAACCCCCACCUGAGGGCUGCACGGCGGCAGGGCCGGACCAUCCUGUUCCAGCUCAGCAGCCAGUUUGUCCGGAGGGACCAUGGCGAGAUGAAAAUGAACCAUAACAUGUUCGAGAACAAACCAUCCAUCCCCGAGUACAAGGUGGCCUCGAUACAGCAGUCCCGUUUCAUCCUGCUCCACUACAGCAUCUUCAAGGCACUCUGGGACUGGCUGAUCCUGCUGGCCACCUUCUAUGUGGCUAUCACCGUCCCCUACAAUGUCUGCUUCACGGGCACAGAGGACAGUCUGUCAGCUGCCCGCAGCACCAUUGUCAGCGACAUUGCCGUGGAGAUGCUCUUCAUCCUGGAUAUCAUCCUGAAUUUCCGGACAACGUACGUGAGCCAGUCGGGCCAGGUUGUGUAUGACCCUCGCUCCAUCUGCAUCCAUUACGUGGCCACCUGGUUCUUCGUGGAUCUGAUCGCUGCUCUGCCCUUCGAUCUGCUCUACAUCUUCAAUGUGACUGUGACCUCGCUGGUUCACCUGCUGAAGACAGUGCGGCUGCUGCGGCUGCUGCGGCUGCUGCAGAAGCUGGACCGGUACUCGCAGUACAGCGCCAUGGUGCUCACGCUGCUCAUGUCCAUGUUUGCACUGCUGGCACACUGGAUGGCCUGCAUCUGGUACGUCAUCGGCCGCAAGGAGCUGGAGAGCGACGACCCCCGCACCUGGGACAUCGGCUGGCUGAACGAGCUGGGCAAGAGGAUGGAGGCUCCCUACAUCAACAAUUCGUUGGGGGGCCCCUCCAUCCGCAGCGCCUACAUCGCCUCCCUCUACUUCACCCUCAGCAGCCUGACCAGCGUGGGCUUCGGCAACGUCUGCGCCAACACCGACACCGAGAAGAUCUUCUCCAUCUGCACCAUGCUCAUUGGGGCGCUGAUGCACGCCGUGGUCUUUGGCAAUGUCACGGCCAUCAUCCAGCGCAUGUACUCCCGCCGCUCGCUCUACCACACCCGCAUGAAGGACCUCAAGGACUUCAUCCGCGUCCAUCACCUGCCCCAGCAGCUCAAGCAGAGGUUGCUGGAGUACUUCCAGACCACCUGGUCGGUGAACAACGGCAUUGAUACUAAUGAGCUGCUCCACGACUUCCCCGAUGAGCUGCGUGCGGAUGUGGCCAUGCACCUCAACAAGGACAUCCUGCAGCUGCCCAUCUUUGAGACGGCCAGCCGGGGCUGCCUCCGCUCCCUCUCGCUCCACAUCAAGACUUCAUUCUGUGCCCCGGGGGAGUAUCUGCUGCGCCAGGGCGAUGCUUUGCAGGCAAACUACUUUGUCUGCUCCGGCUCCCUCGAGGUGCUGAAGGACAACGUGGUCCUGGCCAUCCUGGGCAAAGGGGAUUUGAUUGGAGCCGACCUGUGCAGCACAGACCAGGUGAUCAAGACCAAUGCGGACGUGAAGGCGCUGACCUACUGUGACCUUCAGCACAUCGGGCUGCGGGGGCUCUGUGAAGUGCUGCAGCUCUAUCCUGAGUACGCCAGCAAGUUCACAGCUGACAUCCACCAGGACCUGACCUUCAACCUGCGGGAGGGCAGCAAGAUGGAGGUGGGUGCGUGUCCUCCUGCUCAGGCCCCUUCCUGUCCUCAUGGCCCUGGGGCUGGGGCUGUGCAUGGCCAUGGAAGAGGAGUCUGUGCGCUCCCUGCUCGCAGUCCCCUGGCUCCAAGGCUGGGGCAGGGGCUGCAGCUCUGCCACCCCAGCAUGCAGGUAUGUCCUGUCCUGGUUCUGUGCAGCCCGGGGAAUUGGCAGAAAGAGCAUUUGCAAUGCAGGAAGGGUGAGGUAAAUGGAAGGCUUUGAAAUGGGGUUGGUGAGAACUGGGGGGGUUAUUGCAGGAAAGACAGCCAGGGCAAAGCCCCCUGCAGUGCUGCAUGCAGCUGGGGUCUGUGGGUUUAGUCAUGCUGACGGCUCCAGCAUCUGGGGGGAUGUUCUGCUGCAGAAAUGACUCUGCUGCACUUUUCCUCCCCCGGCUCUGCUGGGAGAGGCUCGGAGCUCCUCUGGAGUGUCUCCCUGGUACCCGAUUUCCCCUCAAGCCUGAUGGAGGUGGUGCAGGAGGUCAAUCUCUAGGUAUCAAACAGCCCUACCAAGGGGCUACCAUAACACAGGAGGGGUGUAAACAAACCAAGAGCAGAGAACGCCAGGAGUGUGCACCAGGUUCUGCACCUGCGUCAGCCUCCCCAGCUGGCUGCACACUCCAGACAGAGCUGGUGCUCUGAUGGCUGAGCUGGGGCUGGGAUUUGGGGUGCAGCCUCGGCUUUGGCUCAGGACACUCAGGCUGAAGUUGGGCAGCUCAUCAUUGGCAUGGCAGCAGCAGAGGAAGGAGAGUGGGUGAGGGGUUGUGGAGGCCGGUACUG